CUCCAUCUACUCCUCUUUCUUUGCUAGCUAGUUCAUUGCUCCCGGAGACUGAUUUCAGUCCAUACCGAAACCAACAUUCGGUGAAAACCACACAAAAACGAUGCUUUAAAGUUUGAAAAAAAUCUUACAAAUAUAUAAGAUGCUGGUAGGGUGAUGUUCUAUUGCCAUGCAAAUUUCAAAUUCAAGCACGUGGUGUGAGCUAUAAAAAAGACAAAAUUAGCAUUGAAUAGUAUCAAAUAGAAAAAUAACUAUUUAUUGCUGAAUUUGUCUUUUCAUAGCUCGCAUCUCAUAAUAUGCUUUAACUUGAAAUUUCACAUGACAAUAGAACAUCAUCCUCUCAACACCCCAUAUUUUCUAGAUUUUUUGGAAACUUCUAAAUAUGAUUUCCCAAAGUUUUCUUUAAAUGAAGGUUUCCGUUUCCGUUUCUGUGUGAUAUUCUCCACUUCCCGGCCACCCGCCAACUGUGGCCUGUGUUGUGUCGUUUCCGUAUGAUAUUCUUAACUUCCCGGCCACCCGCCAAUUGUGACCUGUGUUGAUUCUAAGAAAAAAAAACAUAAAAAAACUGUGGCCUGUGUUGUGUGGGUCGGCGAUGACGACGUGCUUGUUCAUAAUUUCUAUUUCUCUGUUCUUAAAUAUUAGUUUUUUUAAAGAUUUCGUCGAUUCUAAAAAAACACAAAAAAACUGUGGCCUGUGUUGUGUGGGUUGGCGAUGACGACGACGCUUUGAGCACGUCCAUAAUUUCUAUUCCUCUGUUCCUAAAUAUUAGUUUUUUUAAAGAUUCCACUACAAAGUACAUAGGGAUGUAUAUAGCAUAUUUUAGUGUAGAUUCACUCAUUUUGCUUCGAAUGUAGUUCAUACUGAAAUUUCUAAAAAGACUUAUAUUUAAAAAGGGAAGGAGUAUUUUUCGUACUCUCCUAUGGGUGUCCAACUCGGCUUCUGCCCUUUUAUUGGGGCAAAAAAAAAAGUGAAUCUCGUGUUUCCGUCGACAUCAACUUUUUGGUGUGCUGUGGUGUGGCACACCAGCGCAUGUCGACCGCGCCCGUCGACGUUGAUGGGUGAACCGACGGUCCCUACACGCGUGCUUGUCUCCGGUUGUCGGCUCACACCAGGGCCAAAAUCUGUCAUGUGCUAGUGUGGAUCCUGCAUCACAUGCAUGAAAAUCUGUCACGGACAAGUAAGGCCCUCUCAUUCCUCUCCUGUCCAUCAAAAGGUUUGGUUCCCGUUCCACUCCCCACCCCGGCGAGGUUGCCUCCUCCAACUAACCUCCCCCGCCAUUGCCGCGCUUCGUUGGUUCCUCUUCCCUUCCCUCCCGGCGCGCUCGUGCUCACGUAGUGAGAUCAUCCAUGGGGAACAGAUGUCUCAUGGUGGUGACCAGCAUCCUCGCUGUGAUGACGAUCGUGUUCGGAAUAAUCAGCGCGGUUCUCUUGGCGAUGAAACAUCAUCAAGAUGAACAUGGCGAGUUCUCUACAUACCGGCGAUCGCCGGCGAUGCCGUGCGGCGUGGUAGCGGCCGUUUUGGCGUCCAUGACACAGAUUCUUGCCAGCGUGACCAUCUGCUGCUUUGGGGCGUGGCGGCUAACUAAGGGGGCCAAGCGCAUCGCCGCGAUGGUCUUCUUCAUCACCUCAUGGGUCCUUGCGAUCAUAGCAGUGCUGCUAUUUCUGGCAGGUGCCAUGUUAGGAUUUGAAGGCUCUGCAAAGAAAACAGUUGGGAAUGCUAGGAUUGUCGGAGGUGUCGCAAUUUUUGUGAUCGCGACGUUUUUGUUUCUUGUAGUCGCCGCCCUUGAGGUUGCCUCAUACCGCCUAGUUCGGAAGAAGGACCACUACCAAGCAUAUGUUGGCAGUAAUCCUCCUUUUGUGCCAUCUAAAGACGCUCCCUACGGUUCUGCUCCUCCACCGCCAAAUCAAGUCUAAGGUUAGCACUGCCUCCAUGGCAUGGUUGUCUUUCCCUUCCAAAGGAGGAACACGUUGUAUGAACUGCGGUAGGUGAAAGGCGUAGGCUACGACCCAUGCAACCAUCUUGCGUGUUUUGUGUGUUUGUUAUGGCUCCACUCAAGUCGUGAGAAAGAAUUCAAAAGUUUAUCUGCAUUGCUUGAAA